AUGCACGUACUCCGCAGCGGCCUUCUGGCCCUUCUGGCCAGCACGGCCCUCGCGAAAAGCCUGAAGGAGACCACCACCCUCAAGCCCAUUUCCAAGGCCAAGGGAUUGCAGCGUCGUGCCGAUGACCCGGCAUGCGCGCCCAAGACGUCUAUCGGUUUCGACUAUGGUAUUGACGCUGAUCCUAUGGUCCACGUUGACCUUGACAUGCAGAACCCCGCCGUUGUGCUGGAGGACGUUGCUGCUAUCAAGAACGUGUCCUGCUCUGCCACCUCCAUUUCCAUUGCCUUUGCCACACCAGAUGGUUUCCAGGCUGCUGUCGCAUCUUGGGAGGACAAGGGUGACCUCGUCUUUUUCACCAACCAUUUGGGUGGCUGCGACGUCGAGGAUGAGCGCGGUGUCUUCCUUGUCAAUAGCAUCUCCAGCUGCCCAGAGACCCUGACAAUUGUCGCCAAGGCCGAGAAGAAGGACGUGGCUAGCACGGCUACAAACACCGCCAUCACCUUCCAGGGUGUGCCCGUCGGAAAGAAGCGCAAGAGUGUUGCGAGGCAGCCGCUCAACGAGCGUGGCAUCACCCUCAACGAGAAGGGUCUCAACAUCGCAGGCACUAUUGGCCUUCCCCGCAGCACUCCGCUCUACUCCUUCCCCCCUUAUCUGGAGGUGACGGCCGACUCAGCCGAGAUCAGCGCCAGCGUCACUUUCUCCGGAUACCUGGACUUCAAUGUUUUCGGAGGCAAGAUCAAGCAACUCUAUGUUGAUAUCGACUCCAGCAUCGAUGCCGAAGUUGGAAUCUCCAUCGCGGCUAGCGCGGGAUACCGUGACAGCUUCACCUACAGCCCCGGGGAGGUCUCUUUCAUGAUUGUCAACGUUCCUGGCAUCAUCAGCCUCGGCCCUGAGCUUCUCUUCGCCAUUGGCCUUGAUCUUGACGUCGAGGCCGGAAUCUCUGUGACUGGCUCUGCCGGCGCCGGCAUGCAGAAUGGCCGCAUUCACCUGGACUUCCUCGACACUUCCAAGACCAGCGUUACCCCCUGGAAGCCCGUCUACAACGCCAAGCUGGACCUCUCCCAGCGCGCGCUUGUCAAGGCCGACACCUGGAUCGACGUCACCUUCCAGCUAGGCAUUGAGAUUCUGGGCGGUGUCGUGGACGUGAGCGCUGGUCUCACGGCCAGGCCCCGGUUCAACAACGAGUUCGCCUUGACAGCCAGCCAGGGUAUCACCCCGGGCGGCGUUACUCAGCCUAACGAGCUUGCCUGCGCACAGGGCUUGAGCAUCAAGAGUGACUUCAGCUUUACCCUCAUCGCUUUCGUCACUAAGAUGUGGUCGCGGACAGUUUACAACACUUACAUUCCCAUUGCCAACAAGUGCUACUCCUGGGUUUGA